AUAGGAUCUUUGUUGAUAUCGGGACCUAACACUGAAAGAACCGCUGGUGCAAACUUUAACCUCCAUCGUUUUGAGGUCAUUGACGAUGAGACGCAGCUUGAGGCGGCAAGUCCUUUUGUCUCCUGUGCCGAUAUUUUAACCUUAGCGGCUCGUGAUUCUAUUGCACGUACGAAAGGACAAAGCUGGCAAGUCCCAACAGGACGUAGAGAUUGACGAGUUUCCUUUUCAAUGAGCGUUGAUAAUCUUCCCUCUCCAAGUGACUCUGUCGCCGUUCAACAAAGGAAAUUCGCUGCUUUCAAUAUUAACAAUAUUAUAUGGAUAUAUGUAAAUUUAAUAGGAGGACACACGAUUGGAACAGCUGUGCCUGUGUGUGGCUUCUUUACGAAAAGAAUAUUUAAUACUACCGGAAACACAGCAGAUCCAACCAUGGACCAAACAUUCCUACCACAACUUCAAAGACUUUGUCCCCAAAACGGUGAUGCAUCUAGGCGCAUGGAUCUUGACGCUGGAAUGGCAAUACUUAAUUUUGACACUUCCUUCUUUAACAAUCUCAGCCGUGGCAGAGGCAUUCUUCAAUCCGAUCAGAUUCUUUGGACUAAUCCAACGUAGAUGACUAGAUCUAUCGUGCAAGAGUUUAUGGCUUCUAGAGGCAACUUCAAUGCUCAGUUUGCGAAGUCGAUGGUUAAAAUGAGUAAUAUUGGUGUGAAAACAGGGGCAAAUGGUGAAAUUCGUAGGGUUUGUUCAGCUAUUGAAUAA